AUGGCCUCCGCGACCAAGGCGCACAACUACAAAUUUGCCCUGGAAAAGUACAUGCUUCUCCAGGAGCAGCAUGCGGAGCUCUCCAAACACCUUCAGCAGAUCCGCCCCCGCAAGCAGUCUACGAGUAGUAUCUCGCCUCGUUCCUCCAGCCGUCGUCCGAAGGCGCCAUGCAGCGGCUGGAGCGAAUCCCACCGCGACGCCGAUACCCUCGACACCAUUGUCGACGAGAAAGCGCUAUACGAGAUCUCCGCCGAAGAGCCGCGACUAUUCGACGUCAACGAGAGCAUCAAGCGCGUGCUGACGGAGCUGCUGAACUGCGAAACGAUCCGCGGCGACAAUUCCAUGCGCAGAGGAAACUGA